AUGAACCGGAUACCUCCAAACCUCCUCUACCUCGCCAUCUACAAUCCAGCCCUCCAUUCCAGCGAUUCAUCUGCAGAACACAACGAAGAUGCCGAAGAGCAAGCACAUAUAUUGUUUUACACAUCCAAGGAACGAGCUGUUUCUCGCGAUCGUAUGCUCCGGCAGAUCGGGUUGGCGAAAGCUCUCGCAAACUUCACCGAGUUGUUUAACACAGACGAUCUGUGCAACAAUAUCCAUUCGCAAUCCAGACGGAUGAUCAUGGUCUCGCCAGAACCCAAUUUUUGGAUACAUGCAGGCAUUGAGCUUGCCAAGGUACCUCAAGUUACCUCUUCGAAGAGCAAAGGCAAGUCCAAGGCGAAACCUUUGGAAAGGGGCACAGAAAAGGAGAAAGGUCCAGGUCCCACAUACGAUUAUGAUGAUGGAUCUGUGAAUGAUGUCGCAAUCCGAGAACAUGUCCUACGCGUGUAUGAACGAUUCAAACUUACACAUGGUUCUUUCACAUCUAUCAUAUCGACUCUCGGACAGCAAGCCUUGGAACUUCAACUUGACCGGUUUUUCACUGUAUGGGCUUGGUCGUGGAAUUUAGAGGAUGGACCACAGAUUUGCGAGCAACUCGGUUCACCCUUGCAUCCUUCUUUUUCUGCCCUCAUACCGAUUCUUGAUGAUUUCUGUGCCCUACUGUCGGAUGAGACAGUUGCUGCGGUGCUUUCGCCAUCAACUCUAGUCCCCUCUACUCGAUAUACGAAUGCAGGUUACCCACCGUCGCUGAUAGACUAUCUCAUGUCGAUUGUACCUCCCUCGACAUCCACCGAAGACAGAACAAGCCCCCUCUCAUCUUCAGUAGACACUAUUAAAGGCAAAGUUCCAGCCAUGUCCAAUCCCAACCAAAGUGGGGAUCCGAAAAAAGAAGCUGGAAAUUUUCUGGGCAUGCCCGCCAUGAAUGUCAACAUGGACGUGCGCAAGUGGAAUUGGCCGGGAUAUUUGACUUUUGGGAGAGGGUCUUCGUCAAAGCCCAACAUCAGCCUCUCGCUAGAGACCAAGCAAAUACCGCCAUCCUAUGAUUCCGGAAAUAAACCCAACGGCGAAGAGGUUCAAGUUGACACGACUGCGUUAGAGGAUGCUAUGUCAUCUAGUACGAGAUCUAUCUUCACAACAUCUGACGGUGGUGGCACAGACCUGACGCCAUCCGAUCCCUCCCCAAAUGACACUAACAAGGACGUCUCGCCUCCCGAAGACGAUGAUCUGCCGGCUUCUCCUACCUCUUCGUCGUCGCCGUCCCUCGUUUCCGAUACCUCCGAAGAACCAGCUGUUAUGCCUUCGCCUCCCCCAUUCUCUGAUUUUUUAAUUGUUGGGGUUCAUCUGGCCCCUCCAAGUAAUCCAACAGCCACGAAGCGUAGAAGAGUACAUUAUCAUAUCCGCAAUAGACUUAUGCUUGUCUUAUUGGACAUGACUGAAGAUAACGAGACACGAGAUUUGGAACUUGCAGCUAAGCAUACAGCAAGGCUGCUUGAUGAUUUGGAUUCCGCCACCGAUGCCGCAGCCCACGGAAGCUUAUUCGAGUCGCUGCCAUCAGCAAACAAGAUUCUCCAACCAUUGGACACUCACAUAGUUUCAACAGGACAAUAUACACUAUCAAGCCCUAAAUUUGUGUCGAAAUCAAGUCAUCUAUAUAACGCAAUGGCCAUGCAGGAAAUUGAUCCAGGCAUAACCGAAGUCUUUUCUCGCGGACAGAACCCGCAGCAUUGGCACGUCGCUAAGCGUGGAUUGGGGUCAAACGAUGGUGACGGUGGAGAAGUUUACUUGGAGGUUUUCCGGAAGGAGGCGAGCUUAACGGAUGUGGAUAAUGUUCUUGCGGGAAUUGUGCGUAGGUCAAGUCUAAUGGAUGGGUCUGUAUAG